AUGUCUCACUCUCAGCCUGGCCAUAGGGCCCCAACCACAGUCAGUAUCAGCCUUGAGGGCCAGAGAACUGGAGAUGCAGGGAUGGAAGAAUUCAAAACUCAGGUCCCCAGCUGGGUCCCAGACCUGGAGGAAGAGGGGGAAACAGACCCUUGGGCCCUUCCACAGCUGAAAGCAUCCGGCCAGUCAUGGAAAGAGCUAACCUGGGCAGGUCGGCUACGCCAUGUGGUCAUUGGUGUCCUGAAGGGCUUUGCACUCCUUGGCCUUCUCUACCUCUUCAUUUGUUCCCUGGAUAUCCUCAGCUCUGCCUUCCAGCUGCUGAGCAGCAAAGUGACUGGGAACAUCUUUAAGGAGAAUGCAGUGCUGUCCAACCCUGUGGCUGGGCUGGUCAUUGGCGUCCUGGUCACUGUAUUAGUGCAGAGUUCCAGUACCUCCUCUUCCAUUGUGGUCAGCAUGGUGGCCUCAAAGUUGUUGACUGUUCAAGCUUCGGUACCGAUCAUCAUGGGAGUCAAUGUGGGCACAUCUAUCACCAGCACCUUAGUUUCCAUGGCCCAAUCGGGUGCCAGGGAUGAAUUCCGGAGAGCCUUUGGUGGCUCUGCUGUCCAUGGCAUUUUUAACUGGAUGACAGUGCUGGUGCUGCUGCCCUUGGAAAUUGCAGCCAGAGCUCUGGAGAAACUCAGUGGUCUGGUGGUGGGAGCCUUUCCUCUCAGCCCUGGGGAGCGGGCACCUGACAUCCUGAAGGUGCUAACAGAGCCCCUCACCCACCUUAUUGUGCAGCUGGAUGCUAAUGCUAUCUCAGACAGUGCCACAGGCAACGUGACCAACAGCAUCAUCAAGCAAUGGUGCGGCACCGAUGAGAGGGCUGUGGAGACUGUUCUUGUGAGGAACAUUAGUGAAUGCAGUGUGCAGUUCUGCUUCCCUUGUGGGGACCAGCUUUGCCAAGAGGGGAAUGUCACAGUCAACAUGAAGCCUUGUCAUCACCUUUUUGUGGGAUCGUCCCUUACUGACCUGGCCAUUGGCUUCAUCCUCCUGGCUGGCUCCUUACUGGCCCUCUGCUCUGGCCUAGUCCUCAUUGUCCGCCUUCUCAACUCUGUCCUUCGUGGCCAGAUUGCCCAGGUCAUUCGAAAGGUCAUCAACGCUGAAUUCCCUUUCCCCUUUGGAUGGCUCAGCGGCUACUUGGCCAUUGUGGUUGGUGCUGUCAUGACCUUUGUGGUCCAGAGCAGCAGUGUAUUCACCUCCGCUAUUGUUCCCCUGAUGGGAGUUGGAGUGAUCAGCAUGGAGCGGGCAUACCCCCUGUUGCUGGGUUCCAACGUUGGUACAACCACCACGGCUUUGCUAGCUGCUCUUGCCAGCCCUGCUGACAUGCUGCUAGGCGCUGUCCAGGUCUCACUCAUCCACCUGUUCUUUAACAUGGCUGGCAUUUUGCUGUGGUAUGUAGUGCCAGCCCUCCGUCUGCCCAUCCCCUUGGCCAAGAAGUUUGGGAAUGUGACCGCCCGUUACCGCUGGGUGGCUGGUGUCUACCUGCUUUUCAGCUUCUUCCUGAUACCCCUGGCAGUGUUUGGACUAUCAAUGGCUGGAGGUGUUGUGCUGGCAGCAGUAGGAGGGCCCCUGCUUGGGCUCCUAGUCUUGGUCAUCCUCAUCAACCUGAUGCAGCGGCAUCACCCUACCUGGCUACCACGUUGCCUCAGAUCCUGGGCCUUCCUCCCCCUUUGGCUCCACUCCCUUCAGCCUUGGGACCACGCCAUCACCAGCUGCUGCAAGUGCUGCCCUCAGGCCCAGGACCCACCUGCAGACACUACAAUCAAGGAAGCCCACCACUUUGAGCACCCUGUUGUCCUGGCCUCCCACAGACUGUGA